CUGGAAAGGAUUCAAAACUUUAAAAAAAAAAAACAAAAAAACUGGAGCACACAGGCAGCAUUACGCCAUUCUUCCUUCUUGGAAAAAUCCCUCAGCCUUAUACAAGCCUCCUUCAAGCCCUCAGUCAGUUGUGCAGGAGAAAGGGGGCGGUCGGCUUUCUCCUUUCAAGAACAAGUUAUUUUCAGCUGCUGACUGGAGACGGUGCACGUCUGAAUACGAGAGCAUUUCCACUAUGGGACUGGAUACAAACACACACCCGGCAGACUUAAAGAGUCUCAGACUGAGGAGAAAGCCUUUCCUUCUGCUGCUACUGCUGCUGCCGCUGCUUUUGAGGGUCCACUCCUUUCAUGGUUUUUCCUGCCAAACCAGAGGCACCGUCGCUGCUGCCGCCUUUCUCUUUGGUGUCAUUCAGCGGCUGGUCAGAGGAUGAGACUCCCCAAACUCCUCACUUUCUUGCUUUGGCACCUGGCUUGGCUGGACCUGGAAUUCAUCUGCACUGUGUUGGGUGCCCCUGACUUGGGUCAGAGACCCCAGGGGGCCAGGCCAGGACUGACCAAAGUAGAAGCCAAGGAGAGGCCCCCUCUGGCCAGGAACAUCUUCAGGCCAGGGGGUCACAGCUAUGGUGGGGGAACUGCCAAUGCCAGGGCAAAGGGGGGCAGCGGGCAGACAGCAGGCUUGACACAGACCAAGAAGGAUGAACUCAAAAAGCUGCCCCCCAGAUCAGGUGGCUCUGAACCCAAACCAGGACACCCUUCCCAGACAAAGCAGGGUGCGACAAGGACUGUGACUGCAAAAGGACAGCUUCCUGGGGGUAAGGCACCCCCCAAAGCAGGACCUGCCCCUAACUCAUUCCUGCUGAAGAAGGCCAGGGAGCCUGGGCCCCCUCGAGACUCCAAGGAGCCGUUCCGCCCGCCCCCCAUCACACCCCAUGAGUACAUGCUCUCGCUGUAUAAGACGCUGUCUGAUGCUGACAGAAAGGGAGGCAACAGCAGCGUGAAGUUGGAGGCUGGCCUGGCCAACACCAUCACCAGCUUUAUUGACAAAGGGCAAGAUGACCGAAGUCCUGUGGUCAGGAAGCAGAGGUAUGUGUUUGACAUUAGUGCCCUGGAGAAGGAUGGACUGCUAGGGGCUGAGCUACGGAUCCUGCGGAAGAAGCCCUCAGACACAGCCAAGCCAGUGGCCCCCAGCGGUGGGCGGGCUGCCCAGCUGAAGCUGUCCAGCUGCCCCAGUGGCCGGCAACCAGCAGCCUUGCUGGAUGUGCGCUCUGUGCCAGGCCUGGACGGAUCUGGCUGGGAGGUUUUUGACAUCUGGAAGCUCUUCCGAAACUUUAAGAACUCAGCCCAGCUGUGCCUGGAGCUGGAAGCCUGGGAACGGGGCCGGGCUGUGGACCUCCGGGGCCUGGGCUUUGACCGGGCUGCCCGGCAGGUUCAUGAGAAGGCUCUGUUCCUGGUAUUUGGCCGCACCAAGAAACGGGACCUGUUCUUCAAUGAAAUUAAGGCCCGCUCUGGCCAGGAUGAUAAGACUGUGUAUGAGUACCUGUUCAGUCAGCGACGCAAGCGGCGGGCCCCGCUGGCCACACGUCAGGGCAAGCGGCCCAGCAAAAAUCCCAAGGCCCGCUGCAGUCGGAAGGCAUUGCAUGUCAACUUCAAGGACAUGGGCUGGGAUGACUGGAUCAUUGCACCCCUUGAGUACGAGGCUUUCCACUGUGAUGGGCUAUGUGAGUUUCCCUUGCGCUCCCAUCUAGAGCCCACAAACCACGCAGUCAUCCAGACCCUGAUGAACUCCAUGGACCCUGAGUCCACACCACCCACCUGCUGUGUGCCCACUCGGCUGAGUCCCAUCAGCAUCCUCUUCAUCGACUCUGCCAACAACGUGGUCUAUAAGCAGUAUGAGGACAUGGUUGUGGAGUCCUGUGGCUGCAGGUAGCAGCACUAGCUUUCUGUCUUCCUGAGUGGCAAAUCCCUAGGAUGCUGGUCACAAGGACUCCUCCCUGUACUCCUGGAAUUCUGGGGGGGGGUGGCGGGGGGGGGUGAUGUCUGGAGGCUCCAGUUAGGAACACAGUCUGCAUGCAAGGGGAUACCAACAGCCUAAUCUGAGUGGGACUUGGGUGAAAGGUCCCUUUCCAUCCAUGAGUUCCUUCUGCUGCGCCGAUCAGCAGGGCCAGACCCAAGAAGAUAGACUCUGAAUGGGACUGAGGCCCUGGAGAGCUUGCUUUCCAGUGAGACUCAGCCAUGACUUCUCCUUCCCUGGCUUUCCCUGGCCUCUGGGUUCCUCUUGGGAGAGCCAGAGGGGCCACCUCCUCCUUGAAUUACCAUUGUGCCUGGUGAUUUUCUGCUCCUGGGCCAGAGGAGAUGUUGAUUGGACAGGGGUGGGAAAGAAUGGGCUUGGACAGGGGUGAGGAGGCUGUUAGUCUAUUAGGUUUAAAUGUACAUUGAUGAGAUAAAAAAAAAAAAAGCAACACUUCCUGAAACUAUGGCAACCUUUUGUUUACUCUAGGGGAACCUGUGGUCCCUUAAAGAAUGACUGAACCAUGGAGGUGAAGUAGGGGGCCUCAUGUAUGUCCUGGUGUUCAAGACCCAGUCCCCACUCUCAGUCCAGAAAACAAACAAAUAGGACAGAGAGUACAGGCU